UAGACUUGGACAAGAAAAUCCAGUUAAAAAAUUUAGUGCAAGAAAAGGGUUCUAGUUCUAUCCAAAGGGCCCCACAUAGUUCGCACUUUUCUCUUUCUUUUCCUUAUGAUCCAUUCUUAUUCUUUUUCCUCCCUCUUCUUCUCUCAUCUAUGAGGAAUCCCUAAACACAACAACGCUGCAUCUAAUCCAAUUCUCGUACGUGUGUGCGCUUUUUUCUCUCCUCGAAUUUGUUCCCUCUCCUUGGUCCCCUCCCAACAUCAUCCUCUUUUGUUCCGAAAUUCUCGGGUUCUCUGCUAAUUUCCGCCAUUUUUUUUGUCCACACCAAGUACUUGUGCUCUGACCGGCUUCCCCUUCCGUAACUCGUCACUCACUACCGCAAGCUCUCUUCGCAAGAUCGAGCCCGUGCAUAGGUUCUCCGGGUACCCAAUUGAAAAUAGUUGAGAUUUGAUAUCAUAUCCAGAAGUGAGUAGAUUCGAUACUCACGAGUUCAGUUCUGAUUAGGAUUAGGAAGUGUAAGGAUGAAGAGAGGGAAGGAUGAUGAGAAGGUGAUGGGGCCAAUGUUCCCUAGACUACAUGUCAAUGAUACAGAGAAGGGAGGCCCAAGAGCACCACCUAGGAAUAAGAUGGCCCUCUACGAGCAGUUUAGUAUUCCUUCUCAAAGGUUCAAUUCAGGUGUUCUGCCACUCAACCCAAAUAUUUCAAGUAAUACAGUUCCCCCUGCAUCCUCAAGUCUGGGGACUGUCCCUGAGAGAAAUUGUGUCUACCCUGUUCAUUUGCCACCACAAAGACCUAUUCAUCGAGCUGAAAAAUGUAACUCACGCCAAUCAGAAGGGACAAAUUUGAGUGCUUCUCUUGAACAGAGAAAGAAGGUAGAUGAAGACGACUUUAGGGUUCCUGUAUACUUUCACUCCAGGACUGGUCAAUGUAAUGAUAAGAGUGUUGAGAGUUUCAAUGGGAAAAAACUCACUCCUACAGGCUCUAGGUAUUUUGGUGGUUCCAUAUCAGGGCAAAGUGAUUGUGAAAGAGAUCCAAAGCAGUUUGGCUCCUCAGUUGUCAAUAUGAGAAAAGAUGUCAGAAGUGAGAUUGAUGUGCUUCCACAAGUAAGUACAAGUAAGGAGCAGGCAUCAAUGUCUGUCAGAAGCAUAUCGACUAGAGAAAAUAUCCACACCUUACUAAGGCAAGCCAAGGUGACUCCGAAUCGGGAGUUUCAAGAUUGUCAUGUAUCAAAGUUUAACAGAUUACAACAAGGUGAGACUUGCUUACAGCUGGAGUGUGGAGUGGAGUCCCGAUCCAAUGACAUUGGAGAUAAUGGUUGUCUUGUUGAAUCUGCAAGGGAGACAGACAAGGGAAAUGCCCCUACAGCAAACCAAACUAGUCCAGCUGAUGCAAUCAAUGACACUGAACAUCAUGAUACCAGGAUGGGCAGUCCGAUACAGAUGGGAAACUUAAAUGAAAGUGACAAUGCUUCCAAGAUCUCCAUGGUAGAAAAUUUGUCGACAGUGAGAAUUUCUCCAGAUGAUGUUGUUGGAAUAAUAGGUCAAAAACAUUUCUGGAAAGCAAGAAGAGCAAUUGCCAAUCAACAGAGAGUGUUUGCUGUCCAAGUGUUUGAGUUGCAUAGACUGAUAAAGGUCCAACAGCUAAUUGCUGGAUCACCAGAUAUUUUGCUUGAAGAUGGCGCUUUUCUGGGAAAGUCUCCUCCAAAGGGAUCUACUCCCAAAAAACUUGCACUUGAAUAUGUUGUAAAACCUCGGCAACAAAACCUUAAGCGCAAAGAUGAUUCUGAAAAGCUAAAUCAUAAAAUGGAAUGUUCUGCAGAGAAUGCGGUUGGCAAAACAUCUCUUUCAUCUGUGAAAGACGGUAGCCACCUUUCAAAAUGCACCCCUUUCCCUGGAAAUCAGCACCAGACAAAUGUGGCUGCUGACAGUGGGAUGGGUCCCUGGUGUUUCAAUCAGUCACCACCUGGGCACCCGUGGCUAAUUCCUGUUAUGACUCCUUCUGAAGGACUUGUCUACAAGCCAUAUCCGGGGCCUGGAUUCACAGGAACUGGUUGUGGAGGAGGAUGCGGGCCUUUUGUGCCUGCUCUGUUGGGUGGUUCUUUCAUGAAUCCUGGUUAUGGAAUCCCAACUUCUCAUCAAGGAGUUGGGGUUCCACCAGACACUCAUCCUGGCAGUCAUGGUUACCUCCCUCCAUAUGGCAUGCCAGUUAUGAAUUCAUCAAUGUCAGAGUCAGUUGUUGAACAGGGGAACCAAUUCUCUGCACUAGGUUCUCACGGGCAUAAUGGUCAUUUACCCGGAGGAGGGAAAGCCAAUCAUAACACAAACAACAAAAGCUCUUGUAAUUUACCAGUUCAGAGAAAUGGAGCAAUAUCGCAUGUCCUGAAACAUCAGACAUCUAAGGAUUUUGAGUUGCAGGAGACUUCAGCCAGUAGUCCUAGUGAAAUGGCACAGGGAUUAAGCACUGGGCAAGUUGCAGAAGGAAGAGAUGUUCUUCCUCUUUUCCCUAUGGUUCCAGCAGAACCAGAGUCUGUUCCUCAGUCUCUUGAAACUGGACAGCAUACGCGAGUGAUCAAAGUCGUGCCUCAUAACCGAAGAUCUGCAACUGCAUCAGCAGCUAGAAUUUUCCAAUCAAUUCAAGAAGGGAGAAAACAGAAUGACUCAGUGUAGUGAUGGUUCAAGUAGUUUGUCUAGUUCCUGUACUUUCUUGGAGUAUGUCAUGUAACGAGCUGUUGUAUUUUAUAAUUUUUGUUUUGGUUUUUGACCUUGUUACAUACAGCACAUUGGUAUGUAGAUAUAUCUGGCAUAUCAAAACUGGUCAAAAUGUAACAUUAUUUUAUGGUAUCAUGUUGUUUCCAUACAUAAGUGUUCGUUUUACACA